CUACAACUAGACUUGCAUGCAGAAAGGGAGUGGCGAGCAACCCUGCGGGACAUUGAAGAACUGUACAUUUUCACGUGACCGCUUCCGGCACCGAAUCCUGGUAGGAUAAAAUCAUCUUUUAGCCCCCCAAUCUCUUGUCCCAACAACCUCAAGACUUUCCUCAAGACAAAAAUGGUAAGCAACACGUUGCCGCUGAGGUCGCUCUCGGUGCUCUAUGCAUUGGUCUUUGCUGGUAAGAACACUGUCUGUGAAAUACCCAAGGCCAAAUCCGGAACUGGCAAGAAGCCCGCCGCGGCACCCUUCGGUGCGAGCAAGCCCCAGAAGGUCAAGAAGAACCCUCUUUUCGAGAGCAAACCCCGGAACUUUGGUAUCGGCCAAGACAUCCAGCCCACCACUGACUUGACUCGCUUCGUCAAGUGGCCUGAAUACAUCCGUCUGCAGCGCCAGAAGGUCAUCCUCCACCAGCGCCUCAAGGUUCCCCCUGCCAUCGCCCAGUUCUCGCACACCUUGGACAAGAACACCGCCACUCAGCUCUUCAAGGUCCUCAACAAGUACCGUCCUGAGACCAAGGCUGAGAAGAAGACUCGUUUGGAGACCACUGCCAAGGCUGUCGCUGAGGGCAAAGAGACGAAGGAGACCAAGAAGCCUCUCUUCGUCAAGAGCGGUUUGAACCACGUUGUUGCCCUCGUCGAGGCCAAGAAGGCUGCGCUCGUCGUCAUUGCCCACGAUGUCGACCCCAUUGAGCUCGUUGUCUUCCUUCCCGCUCUCUGCCGCAAGAUGGGUGUUCCCUACGUCAUUGUCAAGGGCAAGGCCCGUCUCGGUACGGUCGUGCACAAGAAGACUUCCGCUGUCCUGGCCAUUCAGGAGGUCAAGAGCGAGGACGAGCGUGACCUGGCUGCAGUUGUCGGUGCCGCCAAGGCUAACUUUUCGGACAAAUACGAAGAGCACCGUCGUGUGUGGGGUGGAGGUCUCCGUGGCAACAAGUCGACCCAGAAGCUGCGCAAGCGUGCUAAGGCCGCCGGCCAGAGCAUCACUGCUGCAGCUCUCACCAAGCUCUAAGCGCUCCCUUGUAUCAUGGGGAUGUUUUGGUUUGUUGUUGGGGACAAAAUGGGCGCUGCUUGUCGCCACCGCUUAUUCACGCCCUGUGCGUAGUCAUGCUCAGAUACUUGUACGUAUCUCUAUGUCCAAUAUAUGCUACGCCUAUGCUAUCUUUGGAUUCCUGUCCGUUGUAAUUGUAAUAGCUCAGCCAAUUGUAGCAUCCAGAUCAUUAGCAUUGUCGAGUUCCAUGAGUUUCAUCUCGUAUACACAUCGCUAUGAUUGAUCAUGUCGGGAUACUCCAACUGUGGUGUGUACAAACGUGCGAUCGCUUAGUUACAGUACAAGAUACAACUUGACAUCCAU